AGCUCAGUGCAGUUCACGGACCUCCUCUUUCUCUGGUACAGCGCCAUCAACUGGUGACUCUUUCUCACAGGAGGACGAGCAUGGAUGGAGGCAAAAGCCGGAUGCAACUAAUCAGACGAUCGACACCCGGUAGAAAUAUUCAAUGCAUAAAAUCAGGAGCCUGUCUGCAGCCAAUUUGGCUAAAGCGGUCUACAGGUUUAUCAAAAGACCAAAGACCACAGGAGGAAGACCAUCAGCUCCACUGGGUUCACGCAUUCUGACCAACCCUGAUGAUGUCUUUAAGCACAACAUGUGGGAUCAUAUACAGUGGUCUGAAGAGGAGAAAAAAAUUGCAAAGCAGAAGGCACAAGAAAAUUCUUGUGUGAAAAUUCCUAUAACAGAACAAGGUAAAUUUGACACUGACGCUCACUGCUAUUGGGACAAGUUUUAUGAAAGGCACCAGAAUAAGUUCUUCAAAGAUCGACAUUGGCUGUUUCUGGAGUUUCCAGAACUGCUUUCUUCAAACAGCCACAAUAAGAGCAUACCUAAAAGUGAUCACCAGACUGAAACGUGUCUGUCUGGUAGAUCCUGCCCUGAUUUAGAGACCAGUCUCCAUCAACAAAGUGCCAUCAGUUCCAAACACAUUCCUGACACAUCCUAUCAAGAAGUAUCGAUGAAAACAAAUGAAGAUGUCCUGCAGAAUUCUGCUUUCCCUGGACAACAUGCACCUUUCAGGAUCUUAGAGGUUGGCUGUGGGGUAGGAAACAGUGUAUUCCCUAUAAUAAAAUCCAUAAAAGAAAGCGAUGCGUUCUUAUACUGUUGUGACUUCUCCUCCUGUGCCAUUGAGAUGGUAAAGAACCAUCAAGACUACGAUGACUCUGUGUGCCACGCCUUUGUCCAUGACAUUUGCGAGGAAAAGGCCUCCUUUCCUUUCCCCCCUCAAAGCCUGGAUGUUGUUCUUGCCGUCUUUGUGCUCUCUUCUAUUCAUCCAGUGCGACUACAAGGAGUCGUAAACACACUAUCUACAUAUCUGAAACAUGGAGGAAUAUUCCUUUUUCGUGAUUAUGGAAGAUAUGACCUCUCACAGCUAAGGUUCAAGAAGGGACGGUGCCUGUCAGAGAACUUCUACACUCGUGGAGAUGGAACCUGUGUUUAUUUUUUCACCAAAGAAGAGGUUCAUAAUUUAUUUUCCAAAGCUGGACUAGAGGAAAUUCAGAACCUGGAGGACAGGCGGCUACAAGUAAACAGAGGGAAAAAAGUUGCAAUGCACCGUGUUUGGAUGCAGAGCAAGUACAGGAGACCAUUUCCACCACUACCACCUUAACACUGCAACAUUGACAAUUUUUGGACUGGUUAUUUUUUUACCAAAGAUGCUGAGAUGUAUAACUGUUUUUAAUAAAGCUCUUACAACACUAAUUUGUUUAGUUGUUGUACAAACUGAAGAUUACUAUAUUUAUUAAAAUCUGUAUAGUGUUUGAUCCAUAAAAUAUUUUUUCUGAUCCAUGAAACAAACAGGCAUUUUGAACAUCACCCAGGGUCCAGGCCGUACUCAUCCAUUUUACAUUGAUUUCUAUGGAGAAAAUUGUUUCAGUUUUUGAACUUUUCGGUCCAUGAACGGCCUUCAAGUUUGAAACGGAGGUAUCACUGUAUAUGCAGACAUACCAAUCAAAUUUUACAGACCAGCCAAAUAAUUUGAUUGGAUGGUCUGAACUCCAGUUUUUGGUCAUACGAGUCUAUUUUAAUUUCUUUAGGGAGA